GGCAAUGAAUGAAAACGCAAUUCAUUUUGGUUGAGAGGAUUUCAUAGUAAAAUGAGGUUACUCAUAUUUACUUUGAGUUUGUUAGUAGCAGUAGUAAGGUCUGUAGAUGCGUCACAGUGUCCCGAACCACCAUCAGGAUUUGGACCCUGUGUUAUUACAGAUGCCAAUUGUCUUACAGAUUCUGAAUGUUCAAACGGUCAGAUUUGUUGCCCUCAUUUAUGUGGUAAAAUAUGUAAAGAUAAAGUGAGUUUGACUGUCGUUAAACCAGGUACCUGUCCAUCGAAUGCUGCCAUAUCAUGCUUCGUAGGUAGUGUUGCUGAUACUUGUAGUUCUGAUAGCGAUUGUCCGGGAAACCAGAAGUGUUGUAAUUUGUGUGGUAAAAACUGUUCACCACCACAGGGAUCAGCUCCUCAGUUACCCCCCAUCGGUCUCCCUGCUCCUCCUCCAGUUUGCCCUCCAGUUUGUGCAAUCGCAUGUGAAUAUGGAAAUGUACUUGAUCAAAACGGCUGUCCAACGUGUUCAUGUAAAAAAACACCAUGUAAAGGAGAAGCUCCACUAACCUUAGAUAGGAAUGGUAAUACCAUUAAUUGUGGUCGUGGAGGAGUAAGAUGUCCACUAAAUUCAGAAUGUAAAAUUCAUCCAGCUGAUGCUUAUGCUCUAUGUUGUCCAAUAGAACCUGAUGACCCAAAACCAGGUGUAUGCCCAAAGUUACCUAAUCCACUACCACGAUGUUUAAUAUUCCAAAAUGAUUGUAAGCAAGAUAGCGAGUGUCCUGGUGAUCAGAAAUGUUGCAGUGUCACAUGUGGAAUUGGGUGUAUUGACCCUGUAAAACUAUGUCCAGUUGUUGAUUGUUUACAAUAUUGUGAGUUUGGUUACAGACUUGAUUCAAACGGAUGUCAAACCUGUCAAUGUAAAAAAUCGCCCUGUGAAGAUGAAGCACCAAUGACCCUGGAUAGCACUGGUAAUACCAUUAAUUGUGGCCGUGGAGGAGUAAGAUGUCCAUCGAACUCGGAAUGCAAAAUUCAUCCAGCUGAUAGAUAUGCUGUCUGUUGCCCAAAAGUUUGCCCUCCCGUUUGUGAAAUAUAUUGUGAAUUUGGAAAUGUACUUGAUGAAAACGGCUGUAAAACAUGCAAAUGUAAAAAGUCACCCUGUGAAGAUGGAGCACCAAUGACCCUAGAUAGCAAUGGUAAUACCAUUAAUUGUGGUCGUGGAGGAGUAAGAUGUCCAUUAAAUUCAGAAUGUAAAAUUCAUCCAGCUGAUAGAUAUGCUGUCUGUUGCCCAAAAGUUUGCCCUCCAGUUUGUGCAAUCUAUUGUCAAUAUGGAAAUGUACUUGAUGAAAACGGCUGUGCAACGUGUACGUGUAAAAAAACACCAUGUAAAGGAGAAGCUCCACUAACCUUAGAUAGGAAUGGUAAUACCAUUAAUUGUGGUCGUGGAGGAGUAAGAUGUCCACUAAAUUCAGAUUGUAAAAUUCAUCCAGCUGAUGCUUAUGCUGUUUGUUGUCCAAAAGAACCUAGUCCGGUUUGCAAAUUCGGUAGUUGUCCAGUGCCACCUUCAUCAUUUCUUUUAAGAUGUGCCAGCAUUGACCGAUGUAAAUAUGACAGUGAAUGUGAAGGAACGAAGAAAUGCUGUAAACAUCCUUGUGGAAGGCAAUGUCGAGAUAUUGUCAAGUCUAAACCAGGUGUUUGUCCCAAGAAAGCCGACCCAACACUAGUGCUUUGUAAACGACGUGGAGAUGAUUGUUAUGAAGAUGCUACUUGUCCCGGAAGUCAGAAAUGUUGUCAAGGUGCAUGCGGAAAUGCAUGUAUGGACCCUCGUUUAACCUCUACUGACCAUGCAGGUACAUGUCCUGCUUUGGACCCAAAAAUACAGUCAUUAAUCUUAUGUGCAAGCCUUGACACUGAAUGCGAGUUAGAUAGUGAUUGUAAAGUUGAUCAAAAAUGCUGUAAGGAUUAUUGUGGUAUUAAAUGUGUCAAAAGCGUACCAAAGCCAAUAAUCAAAAAAGGUACUUGCCCGCGUUUAAGAUAUAGAUGUCGCCGAAAACGACGUGACUUCUGUCGCUCAGAUGGUGACUGUCCGGGGGACAGAAAAUGUUGUAGACUUCCAUGUGGAUAUAAAUGUAGACGUCCUAAAAGAAUUCCAAUCAUCAGAAAGGAAUGUCCAGCUGUAAACACACACCCCAUCUAUAAACUGUUUUGUUCUCCUCCAUUAAAUCCACCAUGUCAAGUUGAUAGAGAUUGUCCUCAAGGUAAAAUAUGUUGUCCCGGAGUUUGUGCUAACAGAUGUUUGAAGGCACCAACCAAACCAGUUUGUGAUCCAAAUCCUUGUGGAGAUGCCCAGAUAAAAUGCCAAUAUGGUCAGACGAAAGAUGAAAAUGGUUGCUUGUUGUGCCAAUGUAAGUCGUAUGACUUUAAGAUGUCUUAAAAGAAUUUUGAUCUAAGGACCUUGCUGCGGUAUUGCAUUUUUGGCCUUUUAUAGAUUUUACUUUAAGUUUCGUGUUUUGAUACUACAUCUUAAAACAAGGUUUAGAUACUUCCAUGAUAAGGGUACUUCCGGAUCUUACCUAUUGGUGUUUCUUUGGUAUAUUUAGUGUACUAAUUGUUGGUAUUUCUGUAGGUAACCAGUGUCCAAAUGGUCAAGUUAUAGUCAACUGUUUCGCCGAUCCAUGUCAAGUUAGCAUAUGUAAUAAUCCAGCAGGAAUACGAUGUGUGUAAGUAUUCAACAAUAUGUAUAUGAAUCCCAAUAUGAAAACCUGUUGAUAUACUAAGGGAGAUUUGUUAUUUUCUUAAUAUUUUGUUUUUUUAUAAAUUAUUAUUAUGCAGUUGCAUAAAGGGAUUUUCUGAAAGAAAUACUGAUCUGUAAUCUGUAGAUCUCAAAGAUCUAUCAUAAUAAAAAUUUAAUUUCAUGCACUUCUCUUUCAGAUCUAACUACUGUGGUGGUUGUAACGCAGUGUAUUAUGAUGCCAACAACAAUGAAGUGGACUGUUCUGUAUCUAUGAAAGGAAAAUAAACCCUAAGAAAUCCAAUAUAUUCCCAGAGUAAUAAAAUGUAACCCUGUUA